GAGUGCUGAACCCCCUGGGGCCGGAUGCCAUGGGUAACAACUUCUCCAGUAUCCCCUCUCUGCCCAGAGGAAACCCGAGCCGGGCAACGAGGGGCCACCCCCAGAACCUCAAAGACUCCAUCGGGGGCCCCUUCCCUGUCACCUCUCACCGAUGCCACCACAAGCAGAAGCACUGCCCGCCCGUGCUGCCCGGCGGGGGGCUCCCGGCCACACCGCUGCUCUUCCACCCGCACACCAAGGGCUCCCAGAUCCUCAUGGACCUCAGCCACAAGGCCGUCAAGAGGCAGGCCAGCUUCUGCAACGCCAUCACCUUCAGCAACCGCCCGGUCCUCAUCUACGAGCAAGUCAGGCUGAAGAUCACCAAGAAGCAGUGCUGCUGGAGCGGCGCCCUGCGGCUGGGCUUCACCAGCAAGGACCCGUCCCGCAUCCACCCCGACUCACUGCCCAAGUACGCCUGCCCCGACCUGGUGUCCCAGAGCGGCUUCUGGGCCAAGGCACUGCCUGAGGAGUUUGCCAACGAGGGCAACAUCAUCGCCUUCUGGGUGGACAAGAAGGGCCGCGUCUUCUACCGCAUCAACGACUCCGCCGCCAUGCUCUUCUUCAAUGGGGUCCGCACGGCCGACCCGCUCUGGGCCCUGGUGGACGUCUAUGGCCUCACACGGGGUGUCCAGCUGCUUGACAGCGAGCUGGUGCUCCCGGACUGCCUGCGGCCGCGCUCCUUCACCGCCCUGAGGAGGCCGUCGCUGCGGCGCGAGGCCGACGACGCGCGCCUCUCCGUGAGCCUGUGCGACCUCAACGUGCCGGGCGGCGACGGCGACGGCGACGAGGGGGCGGCCCGCGCGCACGUCCGCAUCCUGGACGAGCAGACGGUGGCGCGCCUGGAGCACGGGCGCGACGAGCGCGCCCUCGUCUUCACCAGCCGGCCCGUGCGCGUCGCCGAGACCAUCUUCGUCAAGGUCACGCGCUCAGGCGGCUCGCGGCCCGGCGCGCUCUCCUUCGGCGUCACCACGUGUGACCCCGGCACGCUGCGACCCGCCGAGCUGCCCUUCAGCCCCGAGGCCCUGGUGGACCGCAAGGAGUUCUGGGCCGUGUGCCGCGUGCCAGGGCCCCUGCACAGCGGCGACAUCCUGGGCCUGGAGGUCAACGCCGACGGCGAGCUGCACCUCAGCCACAACGGCGCGGCCGCCGGCAUGCAGCUGUGCGUGGACGCCUCGCAGCCGCUCUGGAUGCUCUUCGGCCUGCACGGGGCCAUCACGCAGAUCCGCAUCCUCGGCUCCACCAUCCUGGCCGAACGGGGCAUCCCAUCACUGCCCUGUUCCCCUGCCUCCACGCCAACCUCGCCCAGCGCCCUGGGUAGCCUCCUCUCAGACCCCUUGCUCAGCACGUGCAGCUCUGGACCUCUGGGGAGCUCUGCGGGCGGGACAGCCCCCAACUCUCCGGUGAGCCUGCCUGAAUCCCCGGUGACCCCAGGCAUAGGCCAGUGGAGCGACGAGUGCACCAUUUGCUACGAACACGCGGUGGACACGGUCAUCUACACGUGCGGUCACAUGUGCCUCUGCUACGCCUGCGGCCUGCGUCUCAAGAAGGCUCUGCAUGCCUGCUGCCCCAUCUGCCGCCGCCCCAUCAAGGACAUCAUCAAGACCUACCGCAGCUCCUAGCCCGGUGCGGUGCCUGCCCCGCACCCACCUCCUCGGACUUGAGCCGCUCCAGCCGAAGGGCCGGCCAGCAGGGCCCGCACCCUCAUUUUGGAAACUUUCUUUCGCCAUUAAACAUGGGAAACUGAGACCCCUGAAGGUAAAACCAGUGACCACCCCUCGACACCUGCUGGGAACCCCCGUGAGCAGCGAUUUUCUCCGGCCAGUUCCUUCUACGGACAAAUUUGGGGGAUUCCUCAGCCUGCUCUGGCUGGACCGUUGGGUGCUCCAUCACUAAAUUCCUUUCCUACCUGCUCUCUUCCUGAAACGCCCAGAAUUGACUUCUUCCUUCUUUCUAAUCAAUAAAGACAAAACAAAACCGCAAACCCUCUCUCAGACUUCUCACCCUUUCUGCCUAGAAGACAUCCUCUUCUGGAAGCUUCCUUCCCCAUGAAGGGAGGACGAGCCCCAGCCACCUCAAACAUGCACCCACUUAUCACCAACAUGCCUCUCGCUUACCUUCAACGUGCUCGAUCCAUCCUCCUGCUCUAAAGCAACAGCUCCUCUGACACGCGCACCUCGAGGCCUGACCCAUAAGCCAGGAUGGAACUGGGAGCAAGGCAGGCCACUGUAGCCCAGGGACCCCUUUCUCUAAGGCCACCAAGUCCCUGGACUGAGAUGGGGGAAGGCGCUGAUUGUCAAGGUCACGUGUGAGAUAAAAAAGGACCCGGGAGAAGGGAAAUCACAUGCUAAGCCCAACCUCAGAGGUCGGUUGGGCUCAAGGCCUCGAAGGGUUGGGCCCCUCCGCCCAUUCCAUAAACAUCCAUGUGCCCAACGUGUGGCGUGGGGCCCCAGCUGUGCAGGACGGAACGGGGGGGGG